AUGGCCACACCUCGCAAUGAUUACAAGACUAUGCUGAAAUUCAUGGACAAAAAUAUAUUCGCGCAUUUUAGAGCACCGGGAGCAAUUAUCAGUGAUGAAGGCACUCACUUCAACAACAAAUUAAUUGCUAAGGCAUUGAAGAGAUACGGGGUAUGCCAUAGAGUUGCCACGACACAUAUCCCUAGACUAAUGGGUAAGUUGAGGUCUUCGAUCGUGAGAUCAUAUAGAUUCUUGAGAAGAUUGUCAACACUGUGGGCCUACUGCACAACAUUCAAAACACCACUCGGAAUGUCCCCAUUCAAGUUAGUCUUUGGCAAGGCAUGUCGUUUGCAUGUGGAAUUAGAAUAUAAUGCUUUUUGGGCCAUUAAGAAAGUAAAUAUGGAUGCACAACUUGUUGGAGAGAGAAGAUUGUUGGAGCUAAAUGAGAUGGACGAAUUUAGAGCUCAGGCAUAUGAAAAUGCCCUCAUUUUCAAAGAAAAGACAAAAAGAUGGCAUAACAGAAAAAUUUUGCCUAGGUAA